AAAGAGCCAGCGGACGGCGGUAGACUCAGAGCUGAAAGAGUUGGGCACAGUCUUCGUAAAUAGCCUUCUUUGAACGCUGUAGGUAUACGAGUAUGUCUACAUUCCACUGGAAUGUUGAUAAAUAUGCUCGGUGAAAGCUCGGAUGUCAAUUUUGAACCAAUAUGAGUCCACAGAUUCAUUCAUGUUUCUGCUGCACACUGUAAAGAAUGUGCCGACCUUGGGCAAGAUGGCCGAGUGGUUAUGGCGUGUGACUCAAGGCUUCUGCCUUAUCCAAUCCAAUUGGAGAGCAUUCUCAUGGGCUUUGCCCGCGGGGGUUCGAAUCCCCCUCUUGUCAAACCUUGAACCUUGUUUUUGCUGGCCGUCGACGGCGGUAAUGGAGUGAAAGGGACUGCAACUUUUGAGCAGUACCUGAACAUGCAAACCUAUCCCCAAGCUUCACCGGGACUUUAGGCCUUGCACUAGCAUUC